AUGGAUACAAUCAAUUAUUAUUCAUCGGAUACUACAAUCAGUGGUCUUCUAUUUAGUAAUUAUACAUCUGAAGAAAUUCGUCGUUUAAGUGUAAAAGAAUUAACAUCAUCACUUGCAAUUGAUCGUCUCGGUGCACCAGUACCCGGUGGUCCAUAUGAUUUAACAUUAGGACCAUUUGAUAAAAAUGAUCGUUGUUUUACUUGUGGUCAAGGAUUUGUUGCUUGUCCAGGUCAUCUUGGCCAUAUAUCGCUUGUACUACCUGUUUACAAUCCAGUAUUCUUUCGAAAUCUUGUUAAUGUUCUUCGUGGUUGUUGUCUUCAUUGUCAUAUAAUUCAAUGUUCAAAUGCGGAAAAAUAUUUAUUUAGUAUGCAAAUGCUUUACUUAAAACAUGGUCAAACAGAUGAAAUAGAUAAUUUACAAUCAAUUUAUAAAACAUGGAUAUUAGAAAGAAAAUCUUUAGAUACAUUUUAUGAACAGAUCAAUGAACAUAUGAAACUAAAUCCACCAUCGUCAACUAAAGUAGAAUCGACAACUGAAAACUUAUUAGCUAUACGACAACAACUUAUUAAAGAUUUUGAAGCACGAGCAUUCAAAACAAAAAAAAAAUUCUGUCCCAAUUGUAAUACACCUGUACGCAGGGCUGGGCGAGUUAUUGAGAAAAAAGAAGGUUUAUUUCGUAUGCAUAUGAUGGGUAAACGUGUAAAUUAUGCUGGUCGAUCCGUAAUUUCACCUGAUCCAUUCAUUGCAAUAUAUGAAAUUGGAAUACCGGAAAUAUUUGCAAAAAAAUUAACUUAUCCAGAAUUAGUUACACCCCAUAAUGUUCAUGAAUUACGUCAAUUAAUUCUUAAUGGACCAGAUGUUCAUCCUGGAGCUAAUUUUGUUGAACUUGAAGAUGGGACAAUUCGUCGUUUAUUACCAAAUAAUUUAUCUCAACGAACUGCUAUUGCUAAACUUUUAUUAACAAGAGAAAAGCAACAUGCUAGUAGUACAACCGUAAUGUCCACUAAAAGAGUUUAUCGCCAUCUUCGAACCGAUGAUUAUGCUCUUGCUAAUAGUCAACCAACAUUACAUCGGCCGAGUAUACAAGCUCAUAUGGCUCGAGUAUUACCUGGUGAAAAAACCUUACGUUUACAUUAUGCUCAAUGUAAAUCCUAUAACGCUAAUUUCGACGGUGAUGAAAUGAAUAUUCAUUUACCACAAAAUGAAUUAAGGCCCCCCCCCCCUCAGAAAAGUCAAUUUUUCGAAAAAAACUCAAUUUUGAGAUUUAUACAUAUUCUGAUAGCCCUUGUAAUGAACUACAACCUAGCAUCAUUUGUUUUGUCAAAACAUGUACAUGAGUCGUUUUUUCUGGCGGAUUUCUUUUCUGAGGAUGUGCUACUGACGAAACCUUCCGAGAUGAUGACACCCCCAGUUUGCGUUCAUAUUUCGUCUACAAGGAGAUCUCGGUGAGACUAGCAAAAGCCUACGCAUUAUGAUACAUCCCCGUACAUACCAUGAGUAAAGCUUGAGAAAUAGUGCAAAAAUAUUAGGUAGAUAAACAGGCUUAUUUCGAAUAAACACACUUACUGCAUCAAAAAACUUUGUUUUUCGUUUUUCUCAAAAUCAAUUUUUUUGAAUAUGAGUUUGCGCGGGCAAGGAUUUUUCAGUAACUACUCAAUAGAUAAGGGAGAAUGUUUUUUUGUUGAAUAGAGGAUAUGUAUAGCUAGGUCGUUAUAGAGUCCGAUUUUUGAAUUUCUCUUUCAAUGAAAUAAAAAUCUUGGAUAUUGGAUCUUCACUAGCGCUCUGAAUGUGAAAAUUUUUCGCUCAAAUAUUUUAAAGAUCAAAAAAAAAGGAAAUUCAAAAAUCGGGCUCUAUGACGGCCUAGCCCUAAGGGUAUUCUACAAUUUAAAAACCACCCCGACAUGAUUAAGUAGUACCCUCAUAUCGAAAACCUUGCCCGCGUAAAAGGUAAUGAAUUGACUAGAACUCUGCAUUACUUUGAGAUUUGGGGGAGAUAUUUUAAUCAUAAGCUAUUCUAGCCAAGACUAAUAUUAUCUGCAAUUUUGGUUGAAAUUGGAUGAGAAAUAAAAAAGUUUGUUUCUGAGGGGGGGGGGCCCUUAACACGAGCUGAAGCU